AAACAAAAUACACGUUAAUACCAAGUAACGGAAGUUGGCGAUAUUGGUUACACCAUUGAAAACUGGAAAACAAGAUAUGUUUUAAAACCAAUUGAGAUAACCGGCGAGUUCAUUCUAAAAUUAGACCUUCCCUAACAAUAAGUAGGUUUCAAAAGGAAUAGAACCGAUAAAUAUGAGAGAGUUAUAUGGAAUGUCUAACAUUUUGCGCUGGCGCUAGUAAUUCACCGUCAGGAUAUCUACCGAGACAGAUGAUGUCUUACGAUUUAGAAGGUUUUCGGUCCGUUGAAAACGAUAUGUCGUGAAAAACUUUUACUGAUUAAGAAAAGGAUCCGAUUUACUCCAUCUUAACCUAAUCGAGAGGGCGGCAUGAUAUAGCCAAACUUACGAUUUCCGCGCGAUUCUUAUAGCUAUACACAUAUUCAUCUGACAGUCUUUUCUUUCUUAUGGGGCAUUGCGAAUCUAUCAAUUAUUGAGAGCGCAUGCGAAUUGUUUGCCAUUACGCCUAUUGAAAUGUACUUCCAAUAGAUUAAGCAAUGUGGUGCAGAUUUAUUUGAGUGUUUACCUUAGUCAAUUGGUGAGCAGCUGGAUUUAAGCAUUUUGAAACGAUCUUAAUAUAAUCCUUGUAAACUAGAAAUGUGCAUAAAAGAUUUACUGCUAUGUCGGUUCUCCACUGUAAAGUUUUUCAGACAGGAAGGUUCCGCUCAAUAUAGACAAUAAAAAUACGUAGACAAAAGCGUUACCACCUGCUGACUGGCAAUUCACUGAAGUUUAUAUAGGAACAAAACAUCUAUAUCAUAUAAUAAUCACUGUUACGUCAUAACAUAUUCCACUAAAUCUAAAAAAUUAUAUUUCGCAAUAUAUUCCCUGUUGUCUUCUUGUUUAUUCAUAUGUUUGGCCGGUUCGGUCGCGGCGAAGAAUCGCUUUGUUUCCAAAAAAUUGUUGAUACUACUUAUUACUAUUUAUUUUUUUUUUACAAGAACACGCACAGACUUAUGCUUGUCUACUUUUCCUGCAACAGUUCAAUAUCGCAUCACAACCCAUCGUCAUCAUAUACAGAAGUGCUCUCCGCUCACUAAACGAUUGCUACCGUCACUUCCAGCUGUGCCGAUUUCCUUUCGUGGUUAGUCGCCCGCCGUUCCUUGUCUUUGGAUUAUUAGGGAAGAUUAUCUUAUCGGCUUGCUACUGCUUGAUAUUGUAACAAUUCUACAAAGAGUAAAAUGGAUCGAUGAGCUGCGACCAACUGCGUCCUCCUUUUAACUAUUUGCUUACCCUUCCUCAAUUUGCCCUUAGUUACUCUUUAUCGAUUCUCACACUUCCUUUUUACCUCUCCGAUUGUCUCCAGCUCUGUGUUAUCCUCUGGUAAGCAUAAUUUUCUGUGCCUGAUCACACUUUACCAGCUCAACAUUGCCAUGACGAGCUGCAUUCUGUUUUCGUGCCGCCUCGCUGCAUUGUCAAGACUACUCACUUCCUGCACUCCCCUCUGUUCUAGCUGCUUCAGUUUGGGGUCCACUUCAACAGUAUUUUACGCCUAAUUGUGCUGCUUGCGUAUGAACCGAUAAAUCAAGCAGACCUAAGUAACGAAAAAAACUACUCAGGACAGUUGUGCUCCGCUGUCUAGCUCGCUUUUCCUGAGUGGCGAUCAACCCUUUCUUUGCCCCUUUUGCAUGAGUGACGUCGACUGACUAACUAACUGACUAGCUACACCGCGAUUCCAGUGUGAUUUGUUGCUGUUGGCGAUGAUGAUCGUGGCGGGUCUGGCUCUGUCUAAAUGGUACAUAGUUCGCUAGCUCGGAUAACGGUCGUCGUGCUGUUUUGCGACUUGCCACCCGCAACAACUUAUAUCGGCUUCAUGUUCUUUCUGCUUUGUUUGAUACGUCCGCUGUUGAGUCGAAGAAAUAACGUGUCAAUCCGAUAGUCGGUGGGCCGGGUACCUAUCGAUGUCGUUGACUGUUGAGGGCGACAAUAACCAUUGCGGCACUAGCACAAGCCAGUGCUAGCGGUAAAGAACCGAUGAUGCGACACCGCAGAUGUUGGCGGUUCCGGUAGUGACCUGCCGCGUUAGUAAGCGCAGCCGCGUUCUGCGUCCGAUCGUUUUGCUUUGCGUAACGUUAUACCGCGCAUGUAGCGUUGCGCUGGCGCCGUUACCGUUGCAGCUGUUCAUGUCGCUAUCAUGUGGCGCUGUGAAUGCACUUGCAACGUCUGCUCUUUUGCCGCCGUCGCCGCCGCAGAUACCGAUGCUGGUGCCGUUGUUACUCUUGUUGUCUGUGUCAAGCCUGAACACUGAUUCGAAGCGAAUUUCUUCUACGCACUACGGCUGCUACUACCGUUGUCAGCCCCACCAGCAGCGGCAAAACGAAUUAGAUGAAGCGGUACUGCUAGCUGUGGCAGGUGCUGCUAUUAUUAUCACUGCAGCUAACAUAUUGUUAUAGGACCGAACGGCGUAAACGUUCUGGCUUACCUGUUCUAGCUUUCUGCUCCUACAACAGUUUGUUGUUGUAACGGACCAAAAUGGACUUUUUUUUUUUUUACUUAUGCUUCAUUCCCGUUUCCAGUCUCAUAUCCCCUCGCUCCUGUUCUUCGCCAUCAUCGACCCUUUGCGUUGCAUUGACUGCACGUUUUAGUUCUUGCUUUUGCUUUCCGUCGUUGUGCGUCGCGUUUUCCUGAUUUACGUGCAGCUGUUGCCGACGCCGCGUUUGCCAGUUUGGUUUUGAUCGUUUACAUCAACAGCACUAACGUCAUCUUCAUCAACUACGUUGCGUCAGUGCUGCUUAAGUGUACCACUAACAAUAACAGAAGUGCUUGUAGCAUUAAAUCAACUACACUGACUGCACUGUAGUUGGUUUAAUAGUAAACGUUAUGGUAGUUAUCGUAACUAUCAUCAGCUAUACGUAUCAUCAGCUACAACUGCUAUCUAAUUUGCUUCGAUGUGGCACUUUUGAGACAUCAUCUCGUGCCGAAUAUACUUGGACCAAUUUGGAGCGUCUGCCUGCAGACGAUAGUUUGCACCUGGGCAUUUGGCGGCCGAGAUGAUGUUUGCCCGCACGACAAAGAUUUCUUCCCCUGUAUUAUUAUUUCUCUCUCUUUGUCAUCCAUUUAUCUUUAGUUUGCGACUUUUCACGUGUCUCUUCCCCUUCCACCGCUGCAUGGUUGUGGAUGCUUUCGUCCCAUAUUGGAGAAAUGGUAGAAAUGACGCAGAGGUUUGUUCUAUUCAGCAGCAAUUUUUUUCGCAUUGGACUGUUCAGCUACCGCCGAAGCGAAUCAUCGAACAACUCAGAUAAUAGCAUAAUAAGCAAUAUAAGUCGUCAUUGUAGUACCAAAAAGGCUCUCAAAAGACCAAAUGGACAACAUUUUUUACUGGACUUCUUCACACUUCAUCCAUGUAAAGCACCUUAUUCUAAUAUUACGUGCAUUUAUGAUAGAAAAUUAUUAUAACACCAUGGAACGAUAUGUAUUCACUUUUGUAGAAAUACAGUAGUUCAUUAUUGCGUUUCAUGUUUCACGUAGAGCACGUACAAACAUCUUUUAGAAAGCAGCAUGGCCGUAGGAUACCUUACGUUUACCUACCUAUUCUCAAGUCAACGAGCGGGAACAACUACGAAGUAAUUCGCUUGAACACAUUUUCAGAUGCCAUGCUGCCUAAAGCAUUUCAUUCUAGAUUGAUCGAGUCUCAAAUUUAGUCCACUCAGCUUCCUGUUAAAUUUCUGUAUUUCUUUGCAGUCAAUAAGCCGUAGUUCCCGGCAGUUUGCAUUUUGCGCACGAGUUGUUUCGUAACAAUACUCCUUAUUAUGUUGUUGUCAGCCAAGCCAAGUUCAGCUGUGCAGGCAACAGCCACCGACAUCCCUAUACUUCGCAGAGUUCGCAAAUGGUCCGACGAGACUUCUAAUGUGUCUUAUCACCGAAAAAAGAAAAAAAAUAAAAACAAACAGUAGCAGUAAUAAGACGAGCAACAAAACCGCUGUUUUAGCGGAAUGUGCUGCUGCCGCCAUUCGAAAGUUCAUUGUUCACGUUGUUAUUCAGGUAAUCAGCGGCGUUAAUGACUCGCCACCGUGACGCAUGCCCCUGUAUCUAUAAUACGAACUAUUGUCAGCAAGGCAAGGGCUCAACCAGUUGAGGGACGACGCCCAGACACAAAAUUCGAUGUGUAACGAAAUCACUGAAGUCUGUCGGUGAUCUCCAUUCAACUUAGAGCGUUAAGUAUCCUGGACUUACUGUGCGCUGACACCAGUAGCUCAUAUAACCUGCUAGGAGCCGUUCAGGCGUUAGGGAUGCGUCUAACAACGCGUUGAUUUGGGCGCCAUCAGGGCGCCGGGCGUAUUGCGCCCACAGGUGCCGUGAUAUUACAUUAUGUCAGUGGGUCAAAGACAGACGAGUCCUGUGGGGGGCCCUGGGCCUCGCGGACUCGCGUCGCCUGAAAGUGCCUUAGCUGCCGACCGGUUCGAGGCGUUCACCUCAGCUGGCACCUUCAAGCAGGUGUUGACCUGUUAUCGUCAGAUCUGCGACAUCCUGCAGCUAACACCAGCCCCAUUAAACCAGUUCUAUCCAAAGUUGAAGAACAAACUCAGGUCAUGGAAAGCCCAGGGACUUUGGAACAAGCUCGAUAAAAGGGCGAGCCAAAAGGAAUAUAGCAAGGGGCGAAGCUGCGAAAACACGAGAGUGUUGAUCAUCGGGGCUGGACCUGUCGGCCUUCGAUCGGCCAUCGAAGCUCAGUUGCUCGGCGCCAAGGUUGUGCUGGUCGAAAAACGAGACCGAUUCUCCCGUAAUAAUGUGCUCCACCUGUGGCCAUUCGUUAUUCAGGACCUUCGUAUGCUCGGAGCAAAAAAAUUCUUUGGGAAAUUUUGUGCAGGCAGUAUUGAUCACAUUUCAAUUCGACAGCUCCAGCUUAUCCUCCUCAAGGUGUGCCUCUUACUAGGUGUGGAAAUUCAUGAGAGUGUCACAUUUGAGGAUCUUAUUGAGCCGUGCGAGGAGGAUGGAGUCAAAACCGGGUGGAGAGCCCGGUUAACGCCUCAUGAUCAUGAAGCAUCACACUAUGAGUUCGACUUUCUCAUUUGCGCCGAUGGCAAGCGAAACACGAUUAAGGGCUUCGCGCGAAACGAGUUCCGUGGCAAAUUGGCCAUCGGGAUUACGGCAAACUUCAUUAAUCGGCAAACGCAAGAAGAGAAUAAAGUACCGGAAAUUAGUGGGGUAACGUUUAUCUUCAAUCAGAAGUUCUUCCGAGAUAUGCAAGCGGCUACGGCAAUCGACCUUGAGAACAUCGUCUAUUACAAAGACGACACACACUAUUUCGUCAUGACCGCGAAAAAGCAAUCGCUUAUCGAACGCGGAGUGAUCCUCACAGAUCAAAGUGAUGUUGCUAGUCUCCUUCGACCGGACAAUGUUAACCGAUCAGCAUUGCUGGAUUAUGCCAGUGACGCUGCUCGUUUCGCUACGAAGGACCAGCUUCCUCGGCUGGAGUUUGCUGUAAAUCAUUACGGUCAACCAGACGUGGCCAUGUUCGACUUCACGUCAAUGUACGCGUCCGAAAACGCAAGUCGAAUGGUUGAGCGACGCGGCAAGAAGCUCUUGCUGUGCCUUGUGGGUGACUCACUAUUAGAACCUUUUUGGCCAACGGGGUCUGGCUGUGCACGAGGUUUCCUUAGCGCCCUCGAUACCGGCUGGAUGCUGAAAGGCUGGGAGACGCAGCCGCCAGUCAAGGUGAUAGCCGAGCGUGAAUCAAUUUAUCGUCUUCUUAAUCAGACCUCUCCUGAAAAUCUCCAUAAAGAUGUUAACCAAUACACGAUCAACCCGGCAAGCCGAUACCUUAGUUUAGGCACAAGCAAGGUGCUACCGGGUGAGGUACAGCACCUCUGUGACCUCGAGACAAUAACGCUGGACAUCACCGAUAGCGAAAUGGAGCUGGCACUUAGCUCAAUGGCACGAAAGAGACUGCGAAAUCGUAGCAUAGUCAAUCCUGACAGCUUACAACUUUGGUGCGAAAAGCAGGUUUACCAGUAUAAUAUCUCUAUAGAGGACAUGACAACGAGUUGGAAGGAUGGAAGGGCACUCACGGCCAUUUUACAUCGUUACCGCCCUGAGUUGAUAGGCCAUCCAUCUGAAUUGGACGUGAGUCCGUCAUCCGCGGCAGGUAACUGCCAAAGAGUAUUCGAUCUGCUCGAACGUGAAUACGGGAUCCCGCCGGUAAUGACCGGUCAAGAUCUUGCCGCCAGUGAAAUACCUGAUAAGCUAACGAUGGUCAGCUAUUUGACCCAAGUAUAUGAAACCUUCCGUGGAGCGAUUCCUAGACCUCCCGGUCGCUCAGUGUAUAAGUUUGAUGACUUGCUCGAAGAACAAGAGAAUUCGCGGCCUGCAGCACCCAGAGCAGACCUUAGACAGGCCGUGGAAAAGUAUCGGCAUAGUGGCGGUUCGCAUGGCCCGUUACGGGAAGCGCGAUCAAGAUCACUCUAUGAUUCGCCUUUUAGCAGCGGCAAUCCCAAUGCAUUACCUGCUAAUCUUGCCACAGACGAGGGGUACUCACAUGAAGCGGCCAAACGAUCCAAGAUGACCGAACGAGCCUGGAGAGCGCGUACCCAUCUCGAGGCAAUGACUCGUGGUCAUGGAGGUGUUCGAGCUAAUGACGUGACGCCCGAGCUCGAACGUGUUGCCGACGUCAUGGACCGAAAGGCAUUCAACGCACGCAAAGAACGCUUGCAGGAGCAAUGGAAGUUUGACUCAACGGGUGCACGAAUCUAUGGUCCCCUUGAGUCGACAGAUGGGUUUCACCAACAGCCGCCGCCUCCACCCAAGGGAAUCCCUAGGAAGAGCUAUGCAUUAACGCAACGACCCUCAAUUCGUGAGCUUCAGCAGCAGCUGUUAGAUCUAGAAAAGGGCGUCAGUGCGGGAGGCAGCGCGAAGAAGACCGCUCCGCCAGGACACUAUGUAGGCAAAAUCGGCAAGGAUGAUUGGAACGUUCGUCAGCUUGAGGAACGACUUCGAGAACGCGAGAAAGGUCGCGCCGACAGCGGCAAGAAGAAAUCGCACGUCGAAAAGCCACAGGUAGAUUGGGCUUCGUUUCAUUCUACAGCUACUUCCGGUGCUCAGGAAGCGCUUCAGACCGCUGACAACAUUGAUGACCCCGAAAAGGAAGAGGAGGAGAAGGACGACGACGAUGAAGAAACUGUCGGAGCGAAUCGUGGGUCAAGUAGGGAAGCUGGGAAUAGACCCCCCAACGGUGUCGUUUUUGCGAGCACCCCUCUGAGGGCGGUCGCCGGCCAUGGCGCGAACGGAUCCGCCGCUACGUCAGACAAAAAUCAGGAGAAGAUGCGAAUGUUUGAGGAAGUAUUCCGUGAUAAACGUGCCCAAAUGGAAGGUCGACUACGCGGUGAAAAUCCUGAGAGGGCCAAAUACGGAGUCAUUGACGAGAAGCUUCAGCGGGUAGAAAGACAGCUUAAGGAUGGAGGAGUAAUCAUGGACGUGGGGGAACGCGGUCGCAAUAAAGUAGCUCAGUUGAAGAAUAUUCUUGACGUUAAGGCGCAACAGAACCGUCCCGCUCCUGUAACUUGUCUUAACCCACCUAAAGUGAACAAGUACCUAAGCAAGGACUACCUUGCAUAUAAGGAAAAAGAGACUACAAGCGGUUCGUCUUCGGGCGGGACGAGCGGUACCUUAAGUUGCGAGGACUUACCUGGCGUAUCAGCAGCUGAUCGGGACUGUCUCGACUAUCGUUCUGUGCGAGCGCCCGAAAUGAUGAGAUUAGAACUUGUCGCUCUUCGGGAUGCUCAGAACUUACCGGAGAGUCCGUACGCAGCCAGUAAAAACUCGUCACUGAGUCGCAACGAGCGGGCGCAUGUCGAGGAUACUGAACCAGUUGAAGUAAGCCACAAGGUUGAGGCAGGCACAAACAUCGCACCAGUGCCUGAGUCGUCUGACCUGUGCUAUUUCUGCGGACAGCGGGUGUAUCUUAUUGAUCGACUCAGUGCGGAGGGACACUUUUUCCAUCGUUCGUGUCUUCGUUGCGAAUAUUGCGACGAUAAUCUUCGUAUCGGCUCAUACGCAUAUGAUAGCUCGGGCGUAUGCCGUGGCAAAUUCUUCUGCGUGCAGCACUUCCGCAUGGAGAAGCCGUCAGCACGAUGGACGGCAAUGAUGCGACGGAAAGAGGCGUUUCUUCAGGAGGAACCGAGACCUGCACAAAUUCUACCAACGACGGAGGAGACACCAGGAGAUCGUUCCGUAGAACCAUCGACUGCAUUGCAAGACACGCAGACAGUACAGACAUUGGCACCGCAGCGAGUGACGCCCGAACAGGCGUUAAGGCACCAACCGGGAAUUAGCAACAGCCUUAUAGACAUAGAUCGUGAUCGAACACCAGAGCGCGCCGAGUUCGAAAACCUCGGCGACGCGUCCGAACUUAUGGAUCAGGACAACUUGCUCAACUCGGAGUUAGACGAAGAAGAAUUAACUCAGCGGAACCUCGGCGCCAUUGAAGUCCAAACCGAUGAUGACCUCGAACAGUUGAGCAGCGAUGACGAGGAUGAAGAUCAGGAAUUGAUGCUUCGUGCGGGUGCAGUGCAGGGUCUUGCGGCAGACGCUGAUGCAACCCGGCAUCUAGCCGAAACGUGGAGCAAAAAGCACAAUCAAAGCUGUUGUGAUAGCGAUGAGGAAGAGCUCACGGAUGAUACUACCGAUGAGGAAACCUCCACCGAAAAGGAUGAAGGCGCUACAACAGAUGACGUGGACAGUGAUUACGAAUACGCAUCGGAUUCGCAACAUCCUCAACAACAAAAUUCUCUGAUUGCAAACAACACGACGGCGGAGGAGCGCUCGAGCGUCCCCGACGAGAUCUCCGAUGGUACUGAAGUUGACUAUUCGACCAUUCGCCGAAAGAAACCCCAUGGAGCUGUGGUAACAGCGCCAGUAAGUACGAAGCAAGUUUCGCCUCUGGUUAUCGACAUAACCAAAAAUUCCUCGACGGGUCGAACUCCUGUGGACAAUACACCUACGGAAGAGGGUAUCGCAACCGCAAAAACCAAGGACAUACUUCAGACUCCUGGUGAAGAUCACGAUGCCGGAGAUGAGGGUGGUGGAGAUUCAAGCGAGGAUGGCCUUACAUUAAGUAUCACCGACAGCGAUGAUGACGAGGAUGAAAUGGAAGCAGAUGCAAACGCGGGAAAACCGCAUAACGUUACUCAACAUAAGGAAGUGCCAGAAAUCGUUGUUCUGGAAGAGGUCGCCUUGCAGGUUACUGGCGACGAUCGAUGGGGUGAAGAUAGCGCACGAGAGGCAUUGGGCGACGCCACAUCACCUCCGUGGGCAGUUGGUGAGCCUAUAACUUUAACCUCACCACCUGAAGAUGCCGCAAGCCCUGGUACCGCCGGAGGCAGUGUAUCAUUAACGGAGGUCAGCGAGUUCAGCUCGAAUGAGGCCAGCUCAGACGACAAUCGUGAACAUGAGCCAGAAAAGAUGGACACUGAUAUCGCAAAAGAUUCGACCAUUAAUAACGACAACCAAAAUGGUCAUAAAGAGAACGAGAUCGAUUCAGAUUGCUUCGGGACAGAGCCAGAUUUGACAAGGGGUACCCACGUAACAGCUAUCACUGCUUGUAGACAACAAACGCCCCAGCAGCCGCACUCACCGGCGACUAGUGUACUGCUAGAUUCAAGCAUUUGUCGCUCGGCUAAUCCUAGAGUCCCUCCAAGGGCAAGCUGUGACCAACAACCAGUAUCAAUAGCAAUGACGACAGCAGUAGUAACGUCGCCUUCAUAUAGAAAGCCAAUCUCAUCAGAAUAUCCUACCCCAGACGAGAUGAUGGAUGACGCGCAACAGCUUGAAGAAACGAGCGAGUCCAGUGCAACUAGUACCUUAGGUAGAAAAGCUGAGGAAGUCGAUGCUAGCGGUGCGAGCACAUGCGUCAGAGCCGCAACUGAGAUUAUGAACGAUGAAUCUUCUGCGGCUUGUCGCGAGCAAACAGACUUCGCUAGUAUGAUGACGCGAAGCGACUCGGCGAGCGACCGAGACCAGCUUAUGAUGAGCGUCCGCGAUGACGCCGAUGUCAACGUUGAUGGAGAUUGUGACGAAGCGUCGCUAUUGUCACCGACUUCGCCGCUGUCUCCCAGCGGGAAUAACGAUGCUAGUGGAGGCCCGUCGCCAGUGUCACCCGAAUACGAAUCGAUCUCGAAGUUGGAUGAUGAUUUUCCGGUGGUUCGGGUCGAGGGAUCGUUGUCGGUAAAUAACGGCAGCAUUGGUCAGAGUGGUACACUUGCACCGGUUGCUACCCUUGAGACGUCGGAUGAAGAGGACCUCACGCUGUCGGAGUGGGCGAAAGAGGGCUCAGAGCAUGGGAGUGCUUUGGAGGACCUGCAUAUAACAUCACAUCAGAUUCCGCUCGGCCGUCAGUUACUGUCGCAAACGCAACCACAACAACAACAACAGCCACCUGCUCGCCUGCAAAAAGGCUACACAUUUCACUUGAGCGGACGACGUGAUGACGCGCUGCCAGCACAGAGGCCUAACCGACUCGAAAAACUAGAAAAUAGUAAAAAUUCGGAGAAUAUUGGUAAUAUCACACCUACAAACUCAACUGAUAGACUUAAUUUGGUCCACCAGCAACAAAAUAAUGAAACUCAACAGCAGCAGCAACAGCCAAUCCGGAUCAGCAGCAACUUACGACCUGGCGGAAAAUUGUUGGGCUCUAAUCAGACAACCGUGCUAUCAGGCCCAGCAAGCGUGACAGGCCAAGGUACGGGCAUUCUCGACAAUUACAGGACGUUGCCAUUUAAAACGCAUGCUUCGCUUCUAGGUAAUCCGCUUGAGCGUUCGUCAAGCGCUAAUCGCAUUGAUGAAGCGGCUAAGGCGGCGUCCACCAAAAACGCGAAAAUUUCUCCACUGCCAAAAUUCACCGGGUACGGCGGCCGGUUUGCAGAAAAGAUUUGUCGGCCCACCGAGUCGGACUCGAUCUAUUUAAAAACGUUAAAUAUUAAGUUAAAGAACUUCGAGUUCCCGUCGAUUCGUUCUGCGAAUUCUUCGCAGAAGGGUUCACAAGACGACCUGCUCUCUGACGAUGACGAGGCAUUUCGCACGACCGCCGGCACCGAACUGCAAAAGUCGGCGACUUCGCCAAGUGUGCUCGAUCACAACAAAAAUCUGCAUACAGCCGUGGCUCACGCGACUUCCACAGGACCUCAUGGUCGCGAGUGUGACCAUCUUAUUAAUGCUGUAAAUACUACCCACCGGGAGCAACAACCAAACCGGCGGGCGACGUCGCCCGGCCGCCUUUCGCAGGUAUCACAAUCGUCGGUAUUGGCCCGCGACCCUGUCGCAGCAUUAACACAGCUGAAGGCCGUCAACGAAGCAAGCAUCUAUGAAAACGUGAACAACCUGCCAUAUUUUGACGAUCGCAUCAGUUUGGCAGGUUUUAAGGUAAACAGUGGGGCAAAUGCAGCAGUUGGAGCAGCGGCAGGUGAAGGGACGUCUGAAGUUGGCGGUGAUAUGCCGCCGCCACCGCCACCACCAUUGGUGCCAGCACCUGGCAACGAUUAUUCAGUGUUUGCUACGCCCGACUCGAAAGGUCGAGAGCAAUGGCGGUUCAGGACAGGAAGCGUGUCCUCGCUGUGCAGUAUUGAUCGCGAACGUGCAAGGCAGGAAGCAAGAGAACGGGCCAAGCUUAAAUCGGAUGCCGAACUGGGCAUCAGUCCGCCUUCAGCCUGUGUUAGACGGCACCGUGAUCGAUUAGUCAGCGAAGAUGGCGCCUGGGACCCAACGGUAAUGACGACACAGGGAGCAGUUGGAGCUACACCGAUAGCUCGACACGCUGCAACUGGCGUCCAUCCGCCACUUAGGCCCCAGUCCGAGUACCUCGAGCGUGCACCCGACCCCGAGAUGUUAUCAGCUUUUCAGCCUUUACAACAGGCGAAGGCAAGGAUAAAAGUGGUGCAGCCAAGUCCGUCGGCGACUGUGUCGACAACCAAAUCAACUUCGCUGCCGGCAGCCGCUGGUGAUUCCACACGAAAGGUAUCCUCCUCAGCGCCAGCCACAAAAGCCCAAAAGACACCUGAAGCGUCCGCCAAAAAGAGGUUGUUUUCGAGCGGCGAAAGCAGCCCUUCAAGCAAGACGGGCGCCUCCGAUGUGCGGCAAUCGAGGCCUAAUUCGGCAGGUCAUAAGGCACGGAAUGCGCUGUUCUCGUUUCUGACGUUCGGCAGUAAGAGUAGCGCAAGUUCCGCUAAUUCGACCGGCCACCGCGAUAGCAACGGCGGAAAUAUUAACGGCCAAAACCAUCAGCAAGCAUCAGGCCGUAAAGACAAACAAGACAAGGGUGAACUUCUAGCGAAAAGCCCUUCAGGCAAGGUGACGAUAUCGGCCAAACUUAAAAUGCUCUCACCAAAGGCACAGGGCAAAACACCACGAGGCUCUCUUGCAUCGGUUGACAGUCAAGGCGGUGAUCGUGAAGAGGAUCACCAUGCCAAAACCAGUAGCAAGUUUAGCAAGGAUGUCCAAGACAAAAAGCGGAACCUGAGCCAGGACAGCUUGCGGUCAACAGGACAUGCAGGCCCAUGCACGCCAAACAGUGCUACAGCGUCCAGCGGAGUCCGUAGCGCGGGCAGCUUUUCGGUUGUCACCGAGCUCGGUUUAGUCGGUUCGGUGGGGUCCGGUUUGGGACUGUGCGAGUCGCGGUUAGGCAGCGUUGGCAUGAGCACUCUCAUAUCGGGAACUGAUUUGCUGCUUAGCGGAAGUGAGAGCGACAAUGAUAAUGAGCCGUUUCCCGAUGUUCAGGACAUUCUGAGCGACCGGCGAGUAGAGGCCACCGAUAAGGACAAAGCUGAAAGAUUCCAGCAGCGUGUAUACAAACAGCAGGAGCUAAAAAGGGCGCGAUGCGCUCAGGAAAUUCAGCGGAAACUGGCCGAAAUCGAAGUGGAGCGUGCCGGGAUUGAGGCGCGAGGGGUCGACGUAGAGAAAGAACUGCGUCGUCUAGGUCAGGCUCCGGCAGCUCAUCUAACAAAUAUAACAGCGGACAAGGAACGAUUAACACAAGAACUGUUCGAACUUCUCCGACAAAAGAAUAAGCUUAAUCGACGUGAACAGGAGCUGCUUAUCCGGGCCAAGGAUCUAGAGUUGGAAAACCGGCACGCGAAGUUACAAAAGGAAAUGCGAGAACGAAUGGCCAUUGAUGACUCGAAGAAAACCCCGCAAGACGUGGGUGAGGAGCGCGCGAUUCUCCGAGAGAUGUUGGAAAUUCUUGAAAAACGUGACAAACUUGUUGUACUACACGAUCAGCUAGAACUCAAAGAACGUCGGGAAGAACGCGAGAUUGAAAAUCGUAUAAAAGCAGCGCACGCGGCACACGCAGACGCAGCUGCAGCGGCAAAUGUAGAUGUUAGCGCUCAACAAUUUAUACACAUCCCUGGGCUUACCAGUGAUACGUCCCACGUCUGACUUGUUCAAGCCUCCAUCGACAGUGCGUUGCUGAUGGGGUCCUAUCAUAUAUGAAUAAUAACAACAACAACAAUCAUAACGUGCAACAACGUUGAAACAGUAAUUACAAAUCUGUGGUAGAUUUUUGUUGCUGUGCGGUUGGCAGUCAUUAGCUUUUCGACAGACGCAGCAAAUAAGAAGGUUGGCAUUGAAUGAAGGGUAUCAAAAUGUCUAAAGUGGCGGCCGUCUGCUGCUUCUAUGGGUAAAGGGCUUUUAUUGACGGUUUUGUAUUUACUUAUUUUUAUCGGAUGACACUACAGCUGGUCCGUUACAGACGCUAUAAAAGACCCGCAACAGGAAAUACCGGAACUUAUUUGUCGUGGUAGUUGACGCUACACGUAUUGCGUUACUGCUAAUACUUUCAGAUCAAAUGCGUCCGACCUUCAACGAUUACUGAGAGCUUAGGUUGUGCUAUAUCCGCGCUAGCCAUUUUACAAAUGUACGAAAAGGUAGCAGCUGGAGCCACGAAAGUGGCCAACAGAGAAAAAAAUGAGGGUAGCAGCGAUCAAGUCAAUGGUGAAAGCAGACAUAGACACACACAUACACGUCACUCAACCGACAGAAGACACACCAGAAUGAAGUCAAAGGUUUGACCAUUUACCGCCCAUUCCUAAGUGACUCAAGAGUCGAACAGAGAUCACCAAAUCAAUUCUAUCGCUGAUCGAUCAGUACGCACUGCAGGAACUUUUGAACGAUUGUAUGGUCGAUACCAGCCUCUAACCCCUGAGUUGGUCUGAAGAAGAACCGAAAUGAGAGCUGAGGGGAAUUGACAUGCAUAAGCAUACGAAUAUUCACUCUGAAUUCAUCGGUCUCGUAAGCAAGUAACAGCCAAACGCAGCAUUUGCCGAGUGUUACAUACUUCUUCGAUAGAUACACUUAACUUAAACUUACUACAUUAUAUAGCGAAAGCAUGCCUGAAAUAGUAAACAGAAGGAUGCUAUGUGGCAGGAAUAAUGAUAGUAACAACGUUUUGGUCACAAUAAGACACAUAACAACUGCAGACUAUUACGAUGAUGAGAAGAGCGUAAAAAAAAAAAUAUAUAUAUAUAUAUAUAUAUAUAUAUAUAUAUAUAUAGGCAAAUGUAAAAAUAAUGAUGUUAUUGCAUGAAAACGAAGAAGCUGCACAAGGCUUGAUCGAACCGAGCAAAUAGGGAUGGAGCGUUAAGCCACUGUUCUGUGCCAGCUACCGAUUCAGCCCGUCCGUUUAACGAUAAGUAACAUCAACUAUAGCCAAUCAUCUAAGGAACUGACCAGUCAACUAAUCAAUGAAAAUAUAUAUACAAUUAAAGAUAUCUGAGGCAUAAUAGUCGAUUAUGGAAACAAUUACAUUUAUAUUUACAUUGGAUAGAUACGGAAUCGCUGCUUUCUGUCCAUGUCUACCACUAUGGUAACUAGGCCGCAUGUGAGAAACACUACGUUAUAGCUAAGACAAAAAAUAAUAAAAGACAAAAAAAAGAUGUUAUAGCAACAUACAUUUGAAGUAAUAACGGAAAUCCUUAUUGACGAUAAAACCAGGGGUAAGCAGAGGCUACGUUUUGACAAUGAUCUUAUUCAAAAGAAGACAAGCGUAAUUAGCGCCGCCAUGUACGUCAUUCUAACGAACUGAUGGUGGGUGGUUGUUAUUAAUUUGCUACGGAUCAACGGGACAAAUCGUUACGACUAAUCGCAGAUGUUAAUUAUUUCACCAUGAAAAUUUGAGUGAAUUUGGAUGAUUCUUCAAUGGCUUAAGGUUAUUAAUUGAAGCUGAUAAAACCAACGUAAUUUUGUAGAGACAAGCUAUAACGUUCUGCAUGUAUGUUUUACUUAACCAUUGGGCUUUAAAGCUGGCUGAAUUUCUAUUGGGACUGCUUGCCAUCUGGCGCAUUGUUUACUUUUUGUUUGAAUUAGAUCAUGUCAUCGAAAAACCAGCAUACUUUUCGACUCUGCCUAUUCUGGAAUUUCGUCGCCGUUAGGAAAUAUGCAGCUCGGAUAAGCGAGGCAUCCUCAUCCCCAUAAUCAAGGGACCGGUUUGUUGUCCUAAGUCUAGAGGAAAGGAAAGCUACAGGAUCUCUUGUCGUAAGCGAAGUUACCCUUUCCCUAAGAGCUAACAAUGACUUUAAUCAAGUAAAAGCUGAAACAACAAAAUUACCUUUCGGCCGAUCAAUUACAUACAGACUCUUCCUUACGGGAACAUUAACAUAUAUAUAUAUAUACUAGGUAAAUAUUUACAAACUAUCCUACACGCGAUAAGAACAAUAUUAGUUAAAACGCGAGUAUUUUUUUAUUAUUUGUGUUCAUUGUAUCGCUCAAUUGCGCCUGAGAUGACUAGUGCUACCUAAUGGCAAAACGGAAACUUUGUGCUCUUACAGACGUAGCUAAUACACAAUAUAUAGCACUAGAUAAUGAUGAUUAAGAUCCUAUGGUACCCGUAGCAGUAUGAGGAAUUAAGCAAAAAUAAUAAUAAUCAAUUUAUAUACCUAGCUGUGGCUAAACGAAAUGCUAAAGUAGAGCUAGAACAAGCUGUGUCACCUUCGACCGAAUCAGCUGAAGUCUGUUGAAACCCACUGGGUCAUGGUAAAUGACUGACCACCGAUAUCAGCAUAACCACAGAAUCUAUACAAUAUUCGUCGCUGCUGCGUGUUACAGUUGAUGCAUACCAUUUACCUUGUGCAUUUCCGUACGUCACCUCUCGCGUUUUGCUACCAUUUGUGCUACUCGAAUAUAUUAAAUAAACUGAGAUGUUCCGGUGAAUUGUAUGAAACAGCGUCGUCCAUAGCGCUGACAGUGAAGAAGGGGAAAAGCGGAUGCUUAACAACAACAACAACCAAUACUGCUAUGAUAUUAACGGUAUAACGGUAUUGAAGACAAAACUUACUGUUAUACUAUUCAUAACGAAGAUAUGAAGACAGCGGACGAUUUUAGCCAUUCUACAACAUUGUUUUAAUUACAACUGUUACUGCUGCUGAUGUGGCGGCCGCUGCUGCUUCAAAUGUAUACGGUUAUCGGUGAUUAUGUUUGGCUACUAAAACUAAUCAUGUUUUUGUAAUUUACCGUUACGGGAAGGUCCAAAAGAGGUCGCUGUAUAUCAAAUAAGACAUGAGAUAUUGUUUCGACGCUGAAACGAACAAUAUUGAAAAACAGAGGGCGAAAAAAGACGUUUGCGAGUUGUGCUGGUAUUAUUGACUUCUCGAUUGAACCACUUUUGCUGGUUAUGAUAAGUGACUUUUCCCGACCAAUCCUGAGCUGCGCUUUCGAACCUAUCGAUGUCAUCAGUAGGAUCAUAGAUUGUUGCGUUAGUGAGGUGUUCUUGUAGGUGAUUUGUGUUCUACGAAUCAACCGAGAAACAUUCAGUCUGUGAGGCUCAAGUAGUAAGCAACGAGCUCGUUGAGUUCAACGUUGAACAAUCGUUCAACCAGUGAACUUUGGGAGAAGCGGGAACUCACUUUUACAUUCAUUGCUUUUAUAUA